AGCGGACCUUCGGCAUGCUUGUCUGGAUCUUACGCUCUUGUUCAUUAUAGUCAUUCAUUGGGUAGCUUAAAACUCACCCGCAGGUCAUGUCUCUUCCUGGUUAGGGUUGUGAAUAUCAGAAGGUUCUUCUUGGCACAGUCAAGUUUGACGGAGGCACCAGCUUCUCCCUCAUUUUUUUCAUCUGAGUGUGUUCACAAGAACAUUCAAAACUGUUUCUCCAAAGAGUUCUGCAGAAACUCAGACUGUUUUCUAAAGCAGAAGCACCAGAGUCCACGUCGGAAGCGAUGGGCAGCGUGCGAACCAACCGCUACAGCAUCGUUUCCUCGGAAGAGGAUGGUAUGAAGCUGGCAACUAUGGCAGUGGCCAAUGGUUUUGGGAAUGGGAAGAGCAAAGUACACACCAGGCAACAAUGCAGAAGCCGGUUUGUCAAGAAGGAUGGCCAUUGCAACGUCCAGUUCAUUAACGUGGGUGAAAAAGGUCAGCGAUACCUAGCAGACAUCUUUACCACCUGCGUUGACAUCCGCUGGAGAUGGAUGUUGCUUAUCUUUUGUCUGGCUUUCAUCCUCUCCUGGCUCUUCUUUGGUUGUAUAUUUUGGUUGAUUGCCUUAUUGCAUGGGGACCUAGAGGAAAAGGGCAAACCUUGUGUGACCGAGGUGCGCAGCUUUACCGCAGCCUUUCUCUUCUCCAUUGAAACGCAGACCACUAUCGGCUAUGGCUUCAGGUGUGUCACAGAUGAGUGCCCUAUUGCAGUCUUCAUGGUGGUUUUCCAAUCAAUAGUUGGCUGCAUCAUUGAUGCCUUCAUCAUUGGCGCUGUCAUGGCUAAGAUGGCGAAACCCAAAAAGAGAAAUGAAACUCUCAUCUUCAGUCACAAUGCUGUGGUAGCCAUGAGAGACGGGAAACUGUGCUUGAUGUGGAGGGUUGGCAAUCUGCGCAAAAGCCACCUGGUGGAGGCACAUGUGAGAGCUCAGCUCCUCAAAUCCCGAAUCACCACCGAAGGAGAAUACAUCCCUCUGGAUCAAAUAGACAUUAAUGUUGGGUUUGACAGCGGGAUAGAUCGUAUAUUUUUGGUCUCGCCCAUUACAAUUGUCCACGAAAUAGAUGAAGAGAGCCCUUUAUAUGACUUAAGCAAGCAAGAUAUGGACAAUGCAGACUUUGAAAUUGUAGUCAUAUUGGAAGGCAUGGUGGAAGCCACAGCUAUGACCACUCAGUGCCGUAGCUCAUAUCUAGCAAAUGAAAUCCUGUGGGGCCAUCGCUAUGAGCCGGUCCUGUUUGAAGAAAAGCACUACUACAAAGUGGAUUAUUCCAGGUUCCACAAAACAUACGAAGUGCCGAACACGCCCCUUUGCAGUGCCAGAGACUUAGCUGAGAAAAAAUAUAUCCUCUCGAAUGCAAACUCAUUUUGCUAUGAGAAUGAAGUUGCCCUUACGGGCAAAGAGGAAGAAGACAGUGACAAUGGGGUGCCUGAGAGCACAAGUACAGACACUCAUCCAGAGAUGGACCAUCUUAGCCAAGCAGGGGUGCCCCUAGAACCAAGACCUUUAAGGCGAGAGUCUGAAAUAUGACUAGGGGUGGGGGAGAAUACUUUCUGCAAUGUUUAAAAUGUAUCUCACCAUAACGGGCAUGCUGCAUUGAGAAGUGGCUGCAAACAGGUUUUCAGCUGAUGGUACUGUUGGACACAGAUGGGGCAAGCAGCCCCUAAGGAGUCAAAACCUGAGCUGGUUUUCAAGUGCUGUCUUCAGAGUAGGUACAGCAAGGCGUGAACUUGGAACCUGAAGCACUAUGUCUAUUAAUUGCUAAAAGGCACAUAAUGUUGUAGAAUAAAUUAUGUAUAUAUUUUUUUACAAAACUUGAACUUGCAGGCAAGCUUUGGUUGAGCUCUAUUGUUUGUUAUCCAUUGUUUUCCUCCCCAAAUGCUUCUCCCUUGGGAACAAGAACAUUUUUAAUGGCAUAACCAAGGCAAGAGUUUGCCUUGUGGUGUUUUUUUUCCCCUUUUAAAAAUUGCUGCUAACUACUUGAACACAAACUGUAAUUAUUUUUGUCGCAGUUUAAUACUUGUUUCCUUUUAUAUAUAUAUGUAUCCUUUGAAACACAGAAAAAAGAGGGGACCUCCCCAGUCUUGAAUUUGUUUAUUUUAAAGCUCUGUCCAUCAAUCAAGGGACUGGCGAACUGGGAAAUCUAUUUGUUGAGGCCAGUAGCUCAGUACCUAGAAUCAAUUUCUCUCACUGACUAUCCAGUUACAGGAAAAUUCUUAUGUAACACAAGGUCAUGUAGUAGCCUAUAGCAAGCUAUUUUUUUAAAAUAGUGCUUGGAAAUGGCAUGAGAUUCAUUUCACCCAAUAUAUGUUUUGAUUUCCAAACUACCAAAGUGAAUACCAAAGAAAAAAGAUGCACACUCUUGCACAGUGGACUUUUUAUUUAAAUACAACAGGCUGCUUUCAGACUAUUUUUCCUCCCCUUCAGGUCGUUCACAUGUGUAUUUUUUUUUACUGCACCUUAUUCCAACACUCAAGUUUAGAGUACAAUUGACAGUCUUUUUUUUUUUUGCUUCAUUGCCCUGGUCUAGGGCAAUUCCACCAAGAGUUGUUUAAUUGCGACAGGUAACAAAUCUAGAUAUAGGUAGUAGAUAAAUAGGCUUCCGGGUUUUUUUAAAGGAAAAAAAAAGUUGAGUCAAGGGAAGCAAACACCUGUCCUUUCCUGUUUGUUAAACACCAGAAAAUGGGCAUAAAAUUGAAGGUUAAGCCAUGUAUACAUUCCAAAGUAAGGUCUAGGAUCACCUAUAAUAGAAGCAGACUGGCAUUUAGGGGAAAUGAACCAUUACAUGUAACCAAGGGUAGGGUUAUGCUCUGUCUAAGUUACAUUUGUUAGAAAUUGGCAAAGUGUUUGUUCAGCCAUGUAGGUUAUCUUAAGUACUGGGAGCACAGUUGCCGCAGAGUCUCAGGAGAGAAGGAACUGACAUGGGGUAAUCUGAUGUAAGGUUCGCCAUGCAGUGGCUUUGUGUGUUUUUUGGCAUAACUUCCCUUUACCAGAAUAGGAGAACAGAAAAUGACACUGCCGUUAUGUUCUGCACAAGGGAACAUUCGUUUGAAGUGAACAAUACUGUAAAAGAUUUCCCCUUGUUUGUGGGUUUAAUGAGUGAUACAUCUUAGGGUGAUCAGUGGGUGUAGUAGCUCUACCAAAGCCUUUGAACCAUGACUUUCAUGGUAUUUUUGGGUCACUGGCCAAGAAUGCUGUAACACUUAUCUGUGCCUCUAAGAUCAAGUGUACCCAUUUAGCUGCCCCCUUAGUGUCCUCUCCAAAGGCCGAGAAGGAGGAUGUCACGAAGGAAUCACGCUCCAGAUUCUUUUACAGUAUUGAAUCUCACUGUAUGCCAUUAAAAAUAGCUUGUUCUGGGUCUAGUACUGUUGACUAAAACAGAGCUCCAACGAGAUUUGGGUGUCCCGAUUUCUCUGUCUAGAGACGUAGCAUUUUCCCAGAGAGGAUGGAAUUUAAGCAGAGUUAGAUGGAUUUGAAACUCGAGAAAUUUUUAGCUGUAGACAGUUUUUUUUUUGUUUUUUUUCUCUUCCUCUUUAUCCAAAUAUUGUUUCUAUACCAUAGACUGAGGCUAAACUCUAAAGAAAACAACCACGCUCUAUGGAGAGUUAAAUCCGCAUGGCAACCUGACUGGAGCCCAAUCAGGAAAAUAAAUGAAAAGCAAUUGAAGGUGAUUUCUGCUGCUAUCGUGAUAUAUAUUUUUGCAAAGGAAAAUAAAAGUGCAAACCAAAGAGUAUUUAGUAAUAUGUUAAACAAAGCAAGGCAGAAGCUACUCCAAAAGUGCACAAAGUUCCCACUUGCAGAACUUGAGGCAUUAAGUGAAAAGGUGGGUUGACAAAGUGUUGAAUAUAUAUUCAUUUUUAAAACACACUCAGAAAGGGAUUUUUCUAAAAACCGUAAAUGUUCAUUUUUUUGGCACAGAGUUGAGAUUUCCAAGAUGCAGGGUUUUAUGUUUUCAAAUUUUUAAAAACAAAUAAUGUACAUUUUUAUAAAGUUUAUCAAGUAUUUUCAUAUUUAAAGCCAAAUGUAAAUAGAAGUCCAUUUUAAGAAAAGGAAAAAGAAAAAAAUGACAGGAGAUAAGGUCAAGUUGGCAUCAUUUAGAACCUACGAUGCUGCUGGUUAGCAUGGUUUUUAGCAAAUAUUUGCAAGCCUUAUGGGAUUUCUAAUGCAAUGAGUUUUUUUGUUAUUUAUUUAGGCAUGGAUGUUUAACUUUAUUGUGUUUUUUCCCCCCUUGCUAUUGGCAUUUUUUUUCAUGUCAGAUUGCUGGAGAUUUGAUGAGAGUGAAUAAUCACUUGCACUCUUUGUUGGAUUAUAAUUUUUUCUUCAACAACUCUUUGUCUUUCCUUGUAUAUGUAUCUGUUUUUGUGUGUGUGGGAGGGGAAUUGCUACAGAGAAAGUUCUUACAUCAUGGUACCUAAUGGCCCUAACAUGUCUCUAUAAUUAUUUUUAAAAUAAAACAAACAAAAGCAUGCCCGAGGAGAUGUAAUCUGGGUCCCAUGAUCCUUCUAAAGAUAUACAAACGAGUUAUUUUCAUAAUAAGGGCAAUUAUGCCUAAUCAUAAAAGGCAUUUGUUCAAAGAGUUGAGAUAAUAUAGAUCUGUGAUGCAAUCAUUGACCACUUACACUGAUGGGAAAUUUCCUACUGAUUUUGCUGGAAUGUGAAUUGCUCACUCAAGUCACCAAGCUGCAAACAUGAGGUCAGGGACAAACAGUAAUUUUCCUAUUCCCUGAAAAAAGAAAGCCAAAAAUACUUGAAUGGGGGCCCUUCAUAUACGGAUCUGUUUUACACAAGGCAUGCUCAAGAGAGAGAGAGAGAGAAACUAUGAAUUGCUACUGCUACCGUACUCAUCUGUAGUCCGGUGUGCAAAAUUAAAUGUUUUUUAAAAAUCACUAAGCCCACUAUUUUGGUUGGGGGCUAAGACAUAGUUAAAACCACAGUUACUCUUCCAUCUCUUGUGCAUGCUUUUGGCCAAGACAAAGGGUUCUGAAGUGGUUAUUUUUGUCCUCUUAUGUCCAUUUUGUAUGUGUGUGUUGGGGCGGGUGGUUAACAAGGUAAAACUGAGAAGUACUGUAAUGUCUUUUGGAAAAAAAAUGUUGGCUGCUGUUAACUGUUUUCAAGUAGCACAGGGCUGCGUAGUUGCCAUCCCACGGGCAACCUGAGAGAACUCCUUUUUCUUUCUUCUCAUAAAAGGAUUUCUGUCCAGCAGCUGUUUGUAAGGUGAACAAAACUAUAGGCAUUUGACAAUCCUUCUCCCUUACGAUUUCCUUACUUGCAGCCUUUUGUAUCAAAGUC